GGGCACUAUGAGUUCAUAGUGAUGCCCUUUGGAUUGACUUAUGCGCCAACAACGUUCCAGCGUUGUAUGAACGAUUUGUUUCGGCCAUGGUUGGAUAAAUUUGUUGUAGUAUACCUAGAUGGUAUUUUAGUGUUUAGUAGGACCCUCGAAGAGCAUCAGGGUCAUCUCAGGCAGGUCUUGGAGAAGCUGAGGGAAGCGAACUUCAAGAUCAACGCAAAGAAGUGCGAAUGGGCAAAGACCCAAGUUUUGUAUUUAGGCCAUGUCUUAGACGGAGACAACAUCAAGCCUGAAGAUAGCAAGAUUGCAGCGAUUAGAGAUUGGCCGACACCGCGUACGUUGACAGAGUUGCGGUCGUUCUUAGGCCUAGCAAACUACUAUAGGAAGUUCGUGAGGAACUUCUCCACCAUCGCUGUGCCCCUUCGCAGAUUGCUCAGGAAGGAGACCAUCUGGAAGUGGGAUAAGGACUUCAUGUCUGCCAUGAAGAAGUUGAAACAGGCGUUGAUAGGAUAUCCAGUCCUUAAGGUAGACGAUCUGUCCUUGCCCUUUGUCGUCACUACGGACGCUAGUCAGUACGUUAUACGUGUUGUGUUGCAGCAAGACGAUGGUCAUGGUUAUAGGCCCGUAGAGUUCAUGUCCGCCAGAAUGCCUUUAGAGAAGGUCGCGACAUCUACCUAUGAGAGGGAACUCUACGCUCUCAGGCAAACCUUAGAGCACUGGAAGCACUUCUUGCUUGGGAGACACUUCAAAGUCUAUUCCGAUCAUGAGACGCCGAGAUGGUUAAAGACGCAGGCCAAGAUGACACCUAAGCUUACUAGGUGGGCCGCAGAGAUAGAUCAAUAUGACUUUGAGCUCAAGCCAGUCAAGGGAAAGUAUAACGUAGUUGCGGAUGCUCUGAGUAGGAGAGUUGAUUACUUUGGGGCAAUAGUGCAUUACCUAGACGUAGGGAAGGAUCUGCAACAGAAGAUUAGAAAAGCCUAUGCGCAGGACCCUAUCUAUAGUGACCACCUCAAGAGGGUCAAGGGGGCCCCAGAGACUGAGCCAAACUACCGCACUACUGAAGGGUUGCUCUUUGAGAAGACUGAUGUAUUUGACCGCCUGUGCAUUCCCAGUAGUGAAGAGAUUCGUAGUCUAAUUUUGGGAGAAUGCCACGACACAGAGGGUCAUUUUGGUUGGCAAAAGACUUUAGCCAAUCUGAUGCGCGCAUACACCUGGCCAGGGAUGAAGAAUGACUGCGUAGAGUAUGUCCGCAGUUGUAAAGUUUGCCAGCGUAAUAAGACCAGGACGCGCGCCCCGCAAAGUCUUCUCAGACCCUUGCCCAUUCCAGAUCAGCCGGGAGACUCAGUGUCCAUCGACUUUAUGGACACCCAAGUCAAGAGUAGGCAUGGUAAGAGCCAAGUCAUGGUCAUAGUUGACCGUUUUAGCAAAUAUGCAGUUUUUGUUCCCUUGCCGUCGGAGGCACAUACAAAUUUAGUGAUACAGAAUUUUUUUGACUGCUGGGUUAGUGAGAAUGGAAUCCCACUGUCAAUAGUUAGCGAUAGAGAUAGUCGCUUCACCAGCCAGAACUGGCAAGAACUCAUGGGAGUGUAUGGAUCUAAGUUGUUGACGUCGUCUGGCCGCCAUCCUGAGACUAACGGUCAGACCGAGCAGAUGAACAAGAUCCUACAACAAAUUUUGCGCAUGUACAUUAGGCCAGAUCAAAUUAGCUGGGAUGAGAUGUUGCUUAAAGUAGCUAGUGCGUAUAAUAAUAGUGUGCAUCUGUCCACGUGCCGCACUCCUAAUGAACUGCACAAGUCCUUUAGACCGCGCAGACUAUUUGAGGGACUCAACCGGGAUCAGAUUCACAGAUUACCGCCCGGAACCAAGUUUGUUGUACAGCACGAGAAAGAACUAGCUACUGUUGUAGAGAACCUCAGGAAAGCCCAGCACCGAAUGAUAGAGCAAGCCAACAAACAUCGUCGCCCCUCACAGUUCCAAGUAGGCGACUUAGUCUGGGUCAGUUCUAAAGAGUUUGCACCUGAGGAGAACAUCUCGCAAAAGUUACUGCCCACCUACAGAGGACCGUAGGGUGGCGAAGAUGGCCCAUCCUACACCAUUGAACUGCCCCUACACCUCCACGCCUACCCAGUUUUCCACGC